GUGAUGACUUUGCUUGCUCUCGAGGCUAACGCUAUGAAAACUUGGUUGAUAAGCCAACCCAACACAAUGUAUUACAUUAAUUUUCUAGAAAGAAAGUAAUAAAUGUCUUUUAUUACAUUAAUUACCUUCUAAACCCAAAAUUUUAAAUAUAAAUUUUAGUAAUUACAUAAUUUAUUUUGGCCUAAAUUUGCGAGCUGAGAGAGAGAGAGCUGUUCUCCUCGUUCAUCGAGUUUAGUUAUGCAAAUUGGAGGGCGACUUCUUCAACAGAAGAGUAGCCAUUGCCAUAGCUAUAACCAUAACCAUAAUCGCUGCAACUGAGCCAAAAAAAUCAUGGCCAACUUCUGGGAUUUCGUUUCUUCUUCUCCCUCUUCUGCUUUCACCUCCUUCUCCUAUGGCUCUUCUCACGACUUCUGGCGGGAAAACAUCCACGGGGGUUGUGUUACUCUCCUUGCGCUCCUACUCAUCUUGCUCUGGCACUUCUCUAGAAAAUUUUCCUUCCUAUUUCGUUUUCUGUCUUCGUCUUCGUCUUCGUCUUCUUCUCCUUUUCAUUCUUCUUCUUUUUCUUCGUCGUCGAUUCUCGCUCCUCCUUCUACUCCUGUCGCCGCCUCGAACUCUCCGACUCCCCAAUUUGGAAUCUCAGAGAUUGUAUCAGAUGCAGAUUUAAUGUUUCUGGUAAAGAAUUUGGAUGAGAAGAAUAAUGAGAAUGAUAAAUGGGAGAGUGUUAUAGACAAAAGAAAUGAUCAUCUUUCCUACAGUGCUAAAUGCUGCAAAUCUAAGGAUGUUCCCUUGAAAUACUUGAGUGUUACAGUAUUUGAGAACUGUUCUUCUGACUUGUUGAGAGACUUUUACAUGGACAAUGAUUACAGAAAGCAGUGGGACAAAACAGUUGUAGAGCAUCGACAGUUACAAGUGGAUGAAAAGAAUGGUAUAGAAGUUGGCUGCACAAUAAAAAAAUUUCCACUCUUGACACCUAGAGAGUAUGUUUUAGCCUGGAGAUUAUGGGAGGGCAAGGAUAAGACAUUCUACUGUUUCAUUAAGGAAUGUGAACAUCCUAUGGCACCAAAGCAAAAGAAGUAUGUUCGCGUCAGUGUUUUUAGAUCUGGUUGGCAAAUCAGAAAAGUUCCUGGUAGAAAUGCAUGUGAGAUCAGAAUGUUUCAUCAAGAAGAUGCUGGUUUAAAUGUGGAGAUGGCGAAGUUGGUUUUCUCAAAAGGCAUAUGGAGUUAUGUCUGUAAAAUGGAUAGUGCCCUACGAAAGUAUCAUACUGUCAGACGUCCUCAAUCUUCUUCCAUCAGUGCUGUCACUUUGAUUAAAAUGGUUCCACCUGGAGUAGAAGAUAGAGAUGAUGUUAGUGUGUCCUCAGAAGUAACUGCAGCAUCAAAUGCUGUUUGUGGAUCAAGUGCUGUCGAGCAAAAGAAAUUAUUAACGAGACCAUCAAAGAAAAUGGUAGCAAAUGGCUUGCUGCUUAUUGGGGGGGUAAUCUGCCUGUCUUGUGGUCAUCCUAGUUUGAGCGCUAAAGUUGCUAUGGCGUGCAUCUUGAACAAGCUGAGGAAACGUGGUGCUUCAUCAACACAAAAUAAUCAAAAGUAGGUACAUGACCAGACCUUAUUGCAUUACAAUAAUGUUGCAUGGCGUAAUAAAUUUUCCACAUGCAACUGCCACCAUCCAAGUCUUGUAUACCAUCUCUCUGCGAAUAAGCAAAGUGGAAAAGGUGGAGGAAAGAUUUACGACUCGGGUAAGAGGAAGAAGAGAUGGGUCCAUAUUUGUUAAGAAUGUUGUAAGUGAUAGAUUAUCUCUAACGUUUUUGUAAAUCUUUAAGUGCCCAGUGAUGGGUGGCGUAACUGAUAAUAAGAAAAUUUCUAUUACUAA